UUGUCUACUUUCUCCAUAAAUAGAACCCUUCAUCUUCUCGGUUCCCCUCGCCAACACAUCCCAAAGCUCAGAGCAAUGAUAAUGAAGCCUUCCUUGUGUUCUCUCUUGGUUCUUUUUGCCUUCAUAUCAUCUUCUGCCACAGCCCAGUUCGUCCAUGACAUUGAGGGCAAUGACCUUAUCAACGGCGGCACAUACUAUAUCCUUCCACGUAUCUGGGCUUUAGGUGGUGGCCUGAAGCUAGCCAAGACCGGAAACGAAACUUGCCCUCUCAAUGUUGUUCAAUCACCCUCUGAAAUCGAUAAUGGCUUGCCUUGGAGAAUUGCGUCCCCAUUAAGAAUUAGAUUCAUCCCAACCAACACUAGUUUGGACUUCUUCUCUGUUGAGGGAAAAGUACCAAGCUGCGUUCCUAUGCCGUCGAAGUGGAUUGUUGUUGAAGAAGAUGGGACUAAGUCUGUGAAAGUCAGUGCGUACGAGAACAUUCCAAACGGUCGGUUCAAGAUUCAACCGUAUAAUAGUUGGGCUUAUAAGAUCGUGUUCUGUCCCAUUUAUGGUGUUCUUGUGGAGAUCUUGGGAUUUCCAAGGACGUUGAUGGAAAGAGGCGUUUGGUUAUCACUAAUAAAAACCCUUUGUUUGUUGUGUUUGUCAAAGCUGGAUCAUCUGAUAGCCAAAUAAGAGCCUCUAUUAUGUGAAGUGUAAUCAACUAUGAAUAAGUAAUGUGCAGGAAGCUUAGAUCAUUCCUCACACUUAGUGACGAUUAAAUAAAAUUACGCUUCAAGCAA